AUGCCCGACUUUGAAUAUUUUCCUCUGGAUCAAGGUCCUUUCAGCACUCGCAUACUUCGUCUGCUCCCAAGCAAGGACAGAGCUGCUCCGAUCAAAUGCCAGCUUUUCAGUUACUCUCUCCAGAACGAUAUUGCCCAAGAGUACGACGCCCUCUCAUACGUAUGGGGAGAUCAGACGGACGGGCAGAGCAACAUCUCCAUCAACAAUCAGGCUUUUUCAGUCGGAAAGAAUUUACACUCCGCCCUCCUUAGGCUUCGAGGCUUUGAGUUUGAACGGACAUUAUGGGUCGACGCAAUUUGCAUCGACCAGAACAAUAUGAAAGAGAAAGAGAAACAAAUCCAAAACAUGGCGCGCAUAUAUGAGCAGGCCAGACAGGUGGUGGUGUGGUUGGGCGAGGAGGCAGAUAAUAGUACUCAGGCGUUAAAUUCCAUUCGUGCCGCGGCAGAGGCAGAAUUUGCUGAAGAGCGAUUUCAUAUGCCAUCAGAAAGUGCCACCAUUGAGGGUGUCAAAAGUCUGCUCCUGCGGAGGUGGUUUUAUCGCAUGUGGAUCCAGUGUGGUCCUGUCAGAAUGAGCGGUUACACAUUUGCCACGGGCAUCCAAGCAUGGGGCUCGUAUGCUGGCCCUAGUGUGUUGAGUACAACACGUCUGAUCCGUGGAGCAAUCUUUCGGCCUCAGUAUGAAACACAUUCAAUGAAGAAGCUCUCUCUGUCUGAAUUGGUUGAUAUGCAUCAUACGAACGAGGCCUCUAUUCUGCAUGAUAAAAUCUAUGCGUUACUGGGACUGAGUUCUGAUGCUCAUAAAGCACCCGGUCUGUUACCCAAUUAUCAGGUGUCCUGGGAGCAGCUCUUUCAACGGUUAAUCUGGUUUAUAUUGAAUGAACAGGUAUCAGUGAAGACCUGGCCUGGUAGGGAAUAUGCGAGCAUCCAGAGCAGCGGAUGGAUCCUGGGUUUCAUUGUCAAGGUGGAAGACUAUCAAACGAAGACCCUGUUGCAAGUGCUUUUGACUGGGGUGCGUAGUGCGGACACCAAGAAAAUGUGGAAAGUAAGAUGGUUCAUCAGAAAGACAGUGGAAUCGAUCAAGCCAUGUGAUAUCAUAUGCCUCCUGCAGGGAUGUUCAGAACCAUCCAUCAUCAGAUACGCUGAUGGUUGUUUCAGAGUGAUCGUGCUAAGGGCCGUUCUCCGGAAGACAGAUGGGGGAGGAAGUGCAGACUUCCAACAGGUACGGUCCGAGAACAAUCGUCCGGCUCUUAACUUCCACCUUAUUUGGAGUUGGGAAGAGCAUAUUUCACCUUCCUUAAAUAUUCUCGACUUGGCAGCAGAGGCUGCUGAAACGAAGUCGGCAAUUGAGAAGAUUCUGUGGGAUACUAAUGUGGCAAUGCACGAGACAGCAUACAAUCAUAGAAAUAUUUACUUGCCAGCCAUGUUUGCCACCGAAGACAUUCUCCGGCUAUUCACAGAACGACUCGGAUUUCAACAUCCAAAGACAUGGUUGGCCUUUUACAGCUUGGCGCUCUUGUACUCCAAGGGAAAUAUUGGCGGCGAGAGAAUACCACUCCUAAACUUCGAUCGAACUAAGGCAAGAGAUAUAUUGGGGUUGUGCGGGAUCCAACAUCAUUUUGAAAAGAAUUUGGCGUUGUUGGUGGGACAUGACUAUCGUCGCCGGAUGUACAUCAAUGAACCGGAUUUUAUUUCUGGCAGUAUGGAGGUUCCUGAGCGCAUGAAGCUCCAAGAAGCAUUGAAGGAUCUGCUACGUGAGAUUAGGCACAGGCCCACACUGGAGCUCGCUCCAUUGUUCUGA